GAGGGGCUGCCGCCGAUGAGGGCUGAAGCCGGGUGCGCGGCCGGCUGCGGGCGCCGGAGCCGCGGGCGCCGCUGCGGGCGAGGCGGGGGCUGCGGCCGCGGCCGCGGCCAUGGCUUGGCCCUGCAUCAGCCGGGUGUGCUGCCUGGCCCGCUUCUGGAGCCAGCUGGACAAGUCCGACCUCUCCGUGCCGCUCACCAUCCACAACUACUCGGACAUCGAGGAGCAGGAGGACGGGGCGCCCCAGCGCGGCGGGCCCCCCCCACGGGGCAGCGCCCGCCCGCCCGCCCCGGCCCCCCGCCCGCGGGACCCCGCCGCCGGGAAGCCGGGCGGCCGCAGGAAGGGCCGGGCGGCCGCCGGAGAGCCCUUCGCGGCGGAGACCCAGUACCGGCGGGACUUCAGAGCGUGGCCCCUCCCGAGGAGGGACGCCUUCCCCUGGGUCAGCGCCAGCAGCGGCGGCGGGAGGGACGGGGCCGCCUCCCAGCCCGCCCCGGGCCGCGCCGCCUGCGCCCUGCCCGGCAGCGGCGGGAGGCCGGCGGCGGACGGCUGCGGCGGCCCCGAGCAGCUCCGGCCGCGCUCGCAGGCGGACGGCGGCCACACCACCUCCUACAGGCAAGAGUAUCGCCCAUGGACUGGAGCAAAACCAUCCAAGCCUAUAAAGACAAAGCAAGGCUUCAUUAUCCCAGAAGACCAUUUUGUUCAAGAGACAAGCUACAAGGCAGAUUUUAAGAUCCCAGAGGUGAAGACCAGGUUCUCCCCCAACCCUUCUGCUGUUUUCCAGGCGCCAUCACGGAUCCUCAACGUGUGAACCUGGACCCUCCUCACACCCAGGCAGCUUAAACGCAGCAUUUCUGUUAAGACAUAUCACUAUGCAAUUUUCAUGAGGAGUGUUAAGAUCAAAGAACCGGUAUUAUCAAAAGCAGCUCCAGUGAUUAAUGAUAUGCACACACACUUUCUGUUAACACAACAAACCGCAAAGCGCUUGAUUCAGAACUGGCAAAACACGCUGCAAGGAGUGACCUAGUUUUUCACAGGAGCAGGUUCAUUACUAUGCCAGCUGGCGUCACAUUAGGAGAUUGACUUUAGGCAGCAAAGGCAGUAUUGCAGGCAACAUCCCUAUGCUUAACUACACAGGGUGGGAGGGAAAACAAUCACAAGCGGGAUGGAUAAUUAAAACCAAAAAGAGUUUUAUUUAGCAGCACCCUCUAAGCAGGCCAGUAAAAGACAGGGAGUGUCUGGCUGACUUCUGAGCUUAUGAGGGGUUUUGGAAAUAGGACCUCAAAUGGCAUCACCAGAAAUCAUAGCAUCAAAGGGGCUGGUCUGAACUUCCAGGGUUGUUUUAGAAGCUAGAGGAAGGCAGCAUCACUGAACUCUAAUAUAAAUCUGGCACAUGCAGUGUCUUGGGGCUUUAAGGCUGGAAAGCUGGAUAUUUCCAAAAUUGGUGGGCUGACGCAGGAGCAAGAGGUGACUGAACUUUGGGAGACAGCCCUGACAGCAACACACCAGCCUGGUUUGGAGAGGAUUGCAUGGACAGAAUCAGCUAGGCACCUACCAGGCUCCAGAGGAUCUAAGAUAUUUACGUAAUUUGUAUAGCUGUUAGGGUGAGUGUAAAUAUUGUAUAUGGAUUUUACCUAAAGCAAUUUGUGAUCCCUUAAUGAAAAGGACAUGCUUAUACUUUUAAUAAAUGUUAACUCUUUGCAUAUGCAAGGUGGAAAAUAUUGCCUUGAAAUUCCUAAAUUAUUGCCUGUAUAUUGGUAAUGCUAUUGCUAGGAACAACCAGAAGCGAAUGUUACUUAGAAACUCUUCUUAAAGAAAACUGUAAUGUAGAAUGUAAGACAUCCUUCAUUUUUAAGAUAGGCCAUUUUAAGUGUCAUUGUUCUGAAGCUGAUUUUUUUAGAUUGGUGUGCAUUUAACUUUUGCUGAGGUACACAUGUUUUAAGAAAUCAUUUUUUAGCCUUUGUUCAUCAAGACUCUAGUGGGUUUACAGUUUCUUUCUCCACAACUUCUGCAAUAUAAUUAGUCUACUGCUUAUUUCAUGGUUUUACUCAUUAUUUUGGGUAAAAAAAUUGAAAAACUUUUACUUUAUGUGUUUGCAACACACAAAUGUGUUGGCUAGAAUAAAAGGAAACUAUCCUCAGACUUGAACAGGGAUCAGAUAUUAAUUCACCUGUAACGAAAUAGACUUUAACACAGGAGGAUUUUUUUCUUAACCUUCCUACGAGCUGAAGUCUAAGGCAAAUUUGAUGAACUUUGGGGACUCUGCAAAGACGUAUGCAUUGCUGAUAAUUCCCAUAUGAACAAUUUUUUAACUGUUGGCAUGUGGAUGUAUUUGGAAUACAUGCAGACAGCAUCUUCUCAGUGCGUUAUGUGAGAAUUUAAUGGUGCCACCUCUGUUUGCUAUACUAGCAGGACUGAACACAAACACGAGAAUAGGUAACAUCUGCUGUAAGCUGUGUUUGGUUGGGACAAGGGAUGGCACUUCUCACACUCAUCCUUGGACCCAGAGGAACCUACAGUAAUACCAGUGCUUGCCAAAAUAAUUUUCAGGAGAUUCGAUUUUCAGGAAAUUAAUUUAAAACAUUCAAACUGUAGUAAAGGUUUUGCAUGUUAGAUGUUUCUAAGAAUUCAAUCUGCUUGUUUAAUCUCUUUAUAAUGUUUUUAACAGUUUUGUUCAAACAAUUUAAGUUCAUUUCAAUCCUAGACUUUAUUAACAAGGAAAAAAAAAAGAAAAAAGGAUAAAUUGUCUAUUCAUUCUCUCUUAAUUCACUGUAUUUCUUAAAAAAACCACCCAGUUGUAAACAAACUGGUAAUAUAAUAAGCUUGUAUUUUACCAAAUGGACUGGAUUUAAUUUAAUAAAUUAAAAUGUAUUUUGGCUA